AUGCCGGAAUUUUACACACACGUGAAAAUGGCCGAAGCGAUGAGAGCAAAUGUAGCGGCCUUAUUGAAAGGCAUUGAUAGAUACAAUCCAGAAAAUCUACAAACUCUAGAGAAAUAUAUAGCAGCACAAGCACAGGAAAAUACCUACGACCUGGAGGCUAACCUUGCUGUACUUAAAUUAUACCAGUUCAACCCUAAUCACUACCAACCUGCUGUGGCUGCACAGAUCUUGUUGAAAGCUCUCACCAACCUCCCACACACAGACUUUACUUUAUGUAAAUGUCUGAUAGAGUCAUCAAAGCAUGAUGAAGAAGCUAUCAUCCCCGUCAUACAUUUAGCAGAUCUGUUGGAAACCUGCCAAUUUCAUGAAUUCUGGAAAGAGUUAAAAACCAACCCUUUAGUAACCUCAAACAUAAAAGGCUUUGAUGAUUCAAUACGGAAAUUUGUGUGUCAUGUGAUCGGAGCAACCUAUCAGACGAUACCAGUUCACACGCUAAUGGAGCUGUUAGGUGAUGUCACAGAGGACCAGGUACGACAGUGGAUCAGUAAAUAUGGCUGGACUCUUCAAAACGAUGGCAAUGUAUUCAUCCUGAAUCAAGAGGAAAAUGUCAAAACAAAAAACAUCACAGAAAAAAUCACAUUUGAAAGUGUAUCAGGUAUCAUGGCUGCUAGUCGCUGAACUGUGACAGAGAUUCAUAAUGUGAAUUGAAAAAAAAAACUUAGUGCAGCUGUAUUUAUUUCUUUAUGGUGAUGUAUUCGGUUCUACUGGACUUUUCACUGUGAUGCUGAGUAGAGCUAAAAUCUAACAACUUACUUUGGAAUCAGCAUACAUAAACAUCUGCAGAAAACAAUUUUCUAUUCAAACUAAUAAAGUACCAUCAUGUAAUUACA